UACAGUGAAACUAUGUUCACAACCAAGGUGGUUUUGCCUAAACGCACCAGUUGUCAAAAGCGCGGACUUCCGGCAACAACAAACACACGUGUGUGACGCUGGUUCCUGGGCAAUGGACACCAGUCGCUUCCACGGAGGUGGACGUCUCAACAUAACACAGGACUCGGCCCGAGAUGUGGACGAAGAUGAACCAAGAGACACGUCUUAUACCGGCGUCCUGGUACAGCUCGCGAUGGCGGCUGUUUGUGGCGGCUGUUUUGGGUAUGCAGCAGAGAAGGGUAAAGCGUUCGAACCUUCUGCCAUCACGGCCCAGCUGACCUUGGAGAGAUUCCUGCUGUUGAAAGUGUUGCUUGCCGCCACCGCAACAAGUAUGUUCUGCCUCUCCCUGCUGGCGAUGGUCCCCGCAACAAGUCAACACUUCCAGCGAGCCAGGCAACGCUUCCAGCUGCGCUUCCUUGACAAGGGUGUGGUCACAAGCAUCGUGGGUGGAGGAAUGCUCGGGGGAGGCAUGGCCGUCUCAGGAGCGGGCCCUGCCAUGGUGGUGGUGCAGCUGGGAGCAGGAGUCAGCUCAGCCGGCUUCACACUGGCAGGAUGCCUGGUGGGGGUCGUUCUGUACGGCUGUCUGGAGCCAUUUCUCACAAACAUCUUGAAGCCAAGACAACCAUACCUGCAAUACUUUCUCCAGGACAGCCAGGGCGCCCCCUACUUCACGCUGUCACUCCCCCUAGCAGCCAUGGUGUCCAUGACGGUGUUUGCCCUGGAGCUGCUGGACCCCUGGGACACGGAAGUCGAUUCCCAGAGCAGUGUGGAGUUGAUGUGGUCGCCCUACCUGUGUGGCGUAGUGAUGGGGAUGCUGCAGGUGCCCCUCGUGGUCAUGCUCCAGGAUACUCUAGGGGGCAGCACUAGCUUCUGCACUGUGAUGUCCCAGGUGCUGAUGUCAAGGUUGAUGCGCAGGAAAAUGCCAUAUCUUGCAAGGUUCCGAUCAGGAAUAUCAAACUGGUGGCAGGUCCUGUUUAUGCUGUUUGCUGUGAUUGGAGCAUACAUUUCAUCAUCAACCAAUCAGAAUGUGCCAACAGGUGUCAGUGAAAUCACUGGAUUCAUCGGAGGAAUUCUAAUCAUAUUUGGGGCAAGACUUGCUUCUGGAUGUACAAGUGAUCACGUUAUCUCUGGCGUAGGACUUUUAUCUCUGCACUCCCUCAUGUGUGUCCUGGCUGUAGUGGUUGGAGGUGUUGGCGCCGCCAGGCUGGUGCGCUCAUAGUACAGGAUAACAUGGGGAAUGAAGGGAAGAACUGCGCAUCGUGCAGACGAAGGUCUUGGUUGUCAUGGUGAUAUCGGAACACAUCUGUCUGAGCUGAUGGUCCUGCAACUGCUGGUGUUAGGUCGAUGAUGUUGAGACUGCUAUCCAUGUAAUGGUGCUCGUGUGUGCACACCGAUGCUGUGAUGGAUGACAGUCCUGUAGGUUCUGAUGCUGAGGUCAUCAGUGCAGGUAAUUCAAGGAUGUUGACGAUCGUUGAGACAGAUAUCCAUGUAAUGGUGCUCGUGUGUGCACACCGAUGCUGUGAUGGAUGACAGUCCUGUAGGUUCUGAUGCUGAGGUCAUCAGUGCAGGUAAUUCAAGGAUGUUGACGAUCGUUGAGACAGAUAUGCAUGUAAUGGUGCUCGUGUGUGCACACCGAUGCUGUGAUGGAUGACAGUCCUGUAGGUUCUGAUGCUGAGGUCAUCAGUGCAGGUAAUUCAAGGAUGUUGACGAUCGUUGAGACAGAUAUGCAUGUAAUGGUGCUUGUGUUUGCACACCGAUGCUGUGCAAGGACGGCAGGGGAAGUGGGACAAGUACCAAGGGAUAAAUAACCCAGGAUUGUGUGUGCCGAUCAAUGUGUAUGAGCAGAAAUGAACAAGAUAUAAAUGCUCAGGGAUUGUGUGUCCAUGGAGGGGAGGGGAGGGGAGGGGAGGGGAGGUGAAAUGAAUCAAAGACCAUGCCCCCAAACAAUCAAGUCGAUAGAUGUCCACAUAGAGAACCUUAUUUCUAUGCCUGAGAAUUGUGUGUAUCAAUGGAAGUGUAUGCUGGUGUAAGAGUUAAUAAAAAUUGCUGUUGGCUGUCAGAACCUUAGUAGUAACAUUGAAUGCAGUUGUUAGAACCUCAGUGGUAACAUUGAACUUGGCUGUUAGAACCUUAGUGGCAACAUUUAACUUGGCUGUUAGAACCUUAGUGGUAACAUUGAACUUGGCUGUUAGAACCUCAGUGGCAACAUUGAACUCAGCUGUUAGAACCUCAGUGGCAACAUUGAACUUGGCUGUUAGAACCUUAGUGGUAACAUUGAACUUGGCUGUUAGAACCUUAGCGGCAACAUUGAACUUGGCUGUUAGAACAUCAGUAGUAACAUUGAACUUGGCUGUUAGAACCUUAGUGGCAACAUUGAACUUGGCUGUUAGAACCUCAGUGGUAACAUUGAACUUGGCUGUUAGAACCUUAGUUGUAACAUUGAACUUGGCUGUUAGAACCUUAGUGGUAACAUUGAACUUGGCUGUUAGAACCUUAGUGGCAACAUUGAACUUGGCUGUUAGAACAUCAGUAGUAACAUUGAACUUGGCUGUUAGAACCUUAGUGGCAACAUUGAACUUGGCUGUUAGAACCUCAGUGGUAACAUUGAACUUGGCUGUUAGAACCUUAGUUGUAACAUUGAAAUUGGCUGUUAGAACCUUAGUGGUAACAUUGAACUUGGCUGUUAGAACCUUAGUGGUAACAUUGAACUCAGCUGCUGCAACCUUAGUGGUAACAUUCAACUUGGCUGUUAGAACCUUAGUGAUAACAUUGAACUUGGCUGUUAGAGCCUCAGUAUUUGAGGUUACCGUAUGUUUAAUAUAACCUGUGUGAUUUAUGAUGUAUGUUCAAAACUGUCAGUGCAUACAUCACAGUCAAUGGUGUACAAUUCAGAAUUGCAGUGUUACUUAUUACUUGUUGUCCAGGACAAGUGUAGUCACUGAUCCACCAUGACCAGCUGAUUUCUCCAAGUUUGCACUAAAAAGAAGUCGUCUCCCAGGGACCACAUUGUACAUCAUGCUGUCUUGCAACUCGUUGGUUGGGCACCAAGCAGACCCAGAUCCAAACAACGUUGUGGACAGUUACUUGGCUGCAGACACAGUGUGAGCCUUGUAUCUUUCACCUUCCAAUCAUAAGCAACAUAAAUCACAAAUAAUGACGUUGCUGGAAAGACAAAACAGUGAGGAUGCAGAAGCUGUUUUAUUGAUGUAGGGGUAUGACAUGAUCACUACUGAACACAUGAAAUUGAGUAAGAUACUAAUAAAAUCAUAAAACCAGGUAAAUUGCACCAAUCUUUAAUUAUCAAGGAAUCACUAUCCUACAACUAUCUAAGGUUUCAUUGCAAUAUCAUUUCUGCAAGGUCAGCACAUUAUCCUAUCCAAGGCCAGCCAACACCUUCGGCACAAUGGACUCUACGACACUGUUGGUUACUCUCAGCACCAAUAAGCAUAGUCCCUGUAGGGAUGAGAAAAUACGGAGGCUGCAUGCGGAGCAUUGUCAUACAACAAAUACAAUACAUCCAAAUUAAGUUAUGUAACUUAAACAAAGUAUCCCACUGGAUAAUGAGCAAAUUAAAAACUAUUUUUGACUUAAAUGAAUGUUCUGAGAGAAAUUCUUGAUGUUAUCUGAUGUAUCCAUGUUGUAUGUUAUAUGAUCAUUGCUAAUGAUCAACAUAUUCUUUUCUACUUUCAGAAAAGCAUAUACGUCUCUUUGGUGAAUUACAUUGUGAUAUUAUAUGGUACUCCCUGUGCCAAUGUAUACUCAGAUCCUACUGAAGAGGUCGAGCACUUUCAUUCAACAGUGAUGUGUGUAUUAA